UUCAUAGAACUUAUAUCUUAGGCAUACAUGGAGUUAGAAAUGAAGUGGCUUGAUCAAAUCAAUGAGGAGAUCAAGAACAAUGGUCCUACAAUAGCUUAUGAGAAGGAACAAUGGGAGAAGCCUUCAAUUUACAAAGUACCCUCACAAGUCACGGAGUUGAACAAAAAUGCCUUUAAACCCCAAGCAAUUUCCUUUGGUCCUUACCAUUAUGGGGAGGAAAAUUUAAAGCUUAUGGAAAAGCACAAGCAUCGAGCCCUCCUUCAUUUUUUAAAGAGGUGUGGAAAGCCCGUUGAGUUGUUAUUCCAACGCUUGAAUCAAGUGGCUAAAGAGUUGAAAGACUCAUAUAAGUCACUUGAUCCAAUUUGGACAAACAACACACCAAAAUUCAUUGAAAUGAUGAUUCUUGAUGGUUGUUUUAUUUUGGAGAUUUUGAAAGUGAAUUAUGAAUCUGAAAUUCUGGUUGACUAUGAUAAGAAUGAUCAUGUGUUUGGUGAACAUGGAAAACUUCAUCUUACGCCAUAUAUCAAACGUGACAUGCUUAUACUUGAAAAUCAGAUACCUAUGACGGUUCUUCAUAUAUUAACCAAGUUUGAAACCAACGUUGAGGAGGAAGAUCAUCGUGAGUCGUUAAAGGAGAAAAUCAUAAAAUUUCUUGACCCAUGGCCAUCCCGAAUCAUUAAGAAUACAUCCUUGUUCAAGACAAAAAUCAUAAGGUUGGGGAAAUGUACGCAUCUAUUGGACUUGUACAGGAAAAGUAUGAUACAAGAAAACGCAAGCCACACAACACCCUCGCUCAGACCACCAAUGAGAAAUUUGUUAAAUUGUGAGGAACCAGACGAAGAUUAUAUUAUUCGAUCUGCAAGAGAGCUCCAAGAGGCUGGAGUACGCUUCAAGAAAAGCGAUUCAAGGAGCCUCAAAGACGUUUCCUUCAAUCGAGGUGUUCUUAGGCUCCCUGCCGUGAAAUUAGAUGACAGCACAAAAUACAUUUUCCUUAAUCUCAUUGCAUUCGAACGUCUCCAUGUUGGAGCUGGUAACGAGGUAACAUCUUUUAUAUGUUUUAUGGACACCAUCAUCGACACUGCUCAGGACGUUCCAUUUCUUAGUAGAAGUGGGAUCCUAAUCAACGCUCUUGGGAACGAUAAACUUGUGGCCAAAUUGUUCAACUCAUUGGCCAAAGAAAUCUCCAUGGAUCGCAAUGGUGAACUUGAUAUGGUGAUGACGAAUAUGAAGUACUAUUGUGAAAAACCUUGGAAAAGUUGGCGUGCAAGUCUCAUUCAAACUUAUUUUAGGAACCCUUGGGCUAUGGUGUCUCUUGUUGCUGCUUUCUUCCUUUUUGCUCUUACUAUUAUUCAAACUAUAUACACAGUUGGUCAAUUUUAUCAAAAGGAUUGCUAGCAACACAGUAUACCCUUUUCGACACACUCUUUUUAUGGUUAAAAUUCACAUGCCUGGAUCACAUCAAAUUAUAAGUCCCAUAUAGAUAUGGUGGGAACAAAAAAUUGUUAGACACUAAACGUGGACUAUAAGGAAUUCAUUUCAAGUUUCUUUUAUUUAUGUCAAGCUUUUUUAUUUGUAACUUAAUUUAGAAUUGCUUAAUUUUAAGCAUCUCCAAUCCAGUGCUAUGGAUUUGUACCCAUUAUUAUAUGAGCUAUCUAUCUAUUAGCUA